AUGGAAGGCCCAGGUCGCGCAAGGGCCAACGUGGCGAACAACAACCCAGACUCGUUGGGUUUAUCGAAAGUAACGCACUUUCUCGUUCCCCGGGACUGUGUAAUUCAAGAUGCGUUUCGUCAUUCCCGGUCGCAAUGGAUCGAUGACCCUGUCAUCUGCCAGUGGCGAGAUCCCACACAUCAUAUUCACUGUGUCCUUUCGGAUACAAACGAUCUGUAUCACGAUUGGGAAUUUAUGAAAAGAAAGCCGUUCUCGAUUUCUUCAUGCCCUAUUUGGAAAGACACUGGCCGCGCUCUGGCAGAAGUCGGCCUGCCAUGGCACAGCAACCAAGUCAAUAUGCCGGAUCAAAUUGACUCCAGCUGGCCAUUCCAUUUCAAGCAUUUCGAGACUCAGCUUCUCCAAAUACUGGGCUCCCGGGUUGGUAACUCAUCAGCUGUCGGAUACGUUUCUAGCCACUUAGAGGCAAGCUGCUAUUGCAUCCGUGCAUUACAGCAAGAGCUGAGGAGAAUAUGCCCAAGCCAGAGACCCAUUCUCGUUUACGACCAAUUUGAUCACAAGCUGAUCGACGCUAUCCAAAAGGUUCUUGGGCUUGACACUAUCAGGGUUCAUUUAUCCGAUCCAUGGGAGGAAAUGAUACAGAGGCUACUCAACGCCACUGCCAACAGAGCCCGCCCUAUGAUAUUUGCUGCAUCGGUAGGGAAUUCCGCCACUGAAAAUGACAAAAUUAGCCUCAUUGCAGAUAUUUCUACUGAAAUUCCUUUGGUUCUACAUGUCGACGCCUUCCGAAGUUUUGAUUACAUUACGACUAUGUCGGAACAUGAAAGAGGACAAGCACGCGUGGAGAAAUUUAUUUUGGCCAACAAAUCCCCCAACGACUUCCUGAGAACCGAAGACGGCUUUGUGAUUGCAAAUAGCAUAGUGGCAGGCGGCUUGAAUCAACCCCAUCAUGGCCCUGCAGUCUCAUUAACGCCCAACUACCAAGGCGGCAAAGGAGAGAAAGUGGCUUAUAUCAGGUCAUUUGAUUCAACAUUGGGUGGCUCAAGGGACGCAAUUGCACCGCUUUGGCUAGCUCUUUAUCAGUCAAGACUCGGGAACAGCGGUAUCCAAAAGCUUUGCAGAGAUCUUCUUCACAUUAGAUCUAGCGUCUUGAGGGUUUUGAAAUCUCAGGGGAUGACGGCCUAUCCAUCCACCUACUCUUUAGACGUGGUCGUCGUCUCCUUCUCUUCGUCUCAGAAGCAGCGUCUUUUGAAAUUAGGCGGAACGCUCGUUAAGUCUGGGGAGAUUGUCUUGGCUAUUCAGACGGAAUUUCUUACAGGCGAGGCUUUCUCUUCGAGCCCUUCAUUCUGGAAAUCACACCCAGACAAAUUUUCAAUGAGCAAACCCUUGUUGGAUCAGUACCCGAUUGAUCCAUCUAUUCUGCAACAGCUCAAAGCAACUGUCCAAGGCUGGAAGACCAUCACAAGGUCUACUGCCGGCUACCCGCUACACAUGGGGUCUCUUGCGGCUCUGGGGCCAGUUAUUGCCCGCUUUUGGGAUCGCGACAUUCCACAACAUUGGGUCGAAAACAUGGCACACAACAUUCUGACCUCCCGUCUAGAGUCUUUUGGGGUCCCCAACGCAGGGAAUCAGUGUAAUUUCAAAGCUGCUUUUACAAAUGGCAGUACGAUGGGCAACCGGUGUGGAAUUCAUACAGCAUUCUCCCAGUUUCCUGAUGCUACUCUUUACCUAUCGACCGAGACACACUACAGUGUCAUGAAGACACUUCGAGACUGUGAUAAGAUUUCAAAUGUCUGGUCAUUGAGAGAACCCCAAUUUUCACAAAUUGGUUCGGAUGCCCAGGGCAGGAUGUGCGUAGAUACGCUCUUGAAACAAGUCAUGUUGGAUAAGCAGCGCUAUACAGCAGAAGGCCGGGAAUACCAUUUGAUCCUCUUCGCAAACAUUGGAACAACAUUUGUCGGAGCGCGAGAUAAUCUGUCUGAAAUCUACCAGGCGCUAAAGGAGCAUGGUAUAGAGAUUUCAUACAUUCACGCCGACGGAGCCUUUGAUUUUGGGUUUGAUAAUUGCAGCAUCAGACUGGGCAGGCCUGGAUCUGUUGACGCUAAUGGUGCGCCUUGUGUACAGGGCAUUACAAUAAGUCACCAUAAGGCCCUUGGUCAGAAUGUGUCCGGGGAAGUACUUUGCUUCACUCCCGAUCGCGAUAUUGUAGGGACCGUUCCAAAUCCUGAUCCUAGGAUCGUCUUUGAAACCUGGCUGUACAAUCAAGUUUAUACGCCCAGCGAUCGACUUCAGUUGCGUAAUUACUGCCAGAAAAACGCAUUGUUUCUGGAAACGGGACUUAAGAAUUUAGGGUUGGCCACCAAGAGAAACCCCGACAGUAUGAUUGUGGUUUUUGAACGGCCGGUCGCUUGGAUCACGGAAAAAUUCUCUCUCCGACCGGAGGGGGAUUGGGUACAUUUCAUUACGAUGCCUCACAUCUCACCGGAAACAAUUGGCCUCUUCUUGGAGCGGAUUAAGAAUGUUGAUGAGGCUUGCCGUGUUGCAUUUGGCAGCAUUGCGCCACUCGUGACUGAUAUACUGGGACGAGAGAUACAACUGAAGCGGUUACAAAGCCAAUCUAGACUGGCCGAAGCAGUCUGUCGAUUGUCUAAAUGUCUGAAACUGGUGCAAUCUGGAUAUCAUACAGAGUUGGAGGAGCUUAUUAAGCGAAGUGUGCGUGGUGGCAUUUCCGUUGCUGCUGUAGAUGACGAGGAGAAUAUCCAACUUGUCUUUCUUGCAGAGUCCAAUAGAAAUCAGUCAAUAGUGGUAAAUCCACUUUUGCUACAUACUAGCUUUGUGAACAAGAUUCAAGCCAUUCAAGAGAUACAAGGUCAGCUUAUGGGCCUCAUGGGGAGGUAUCUCAAAGCCAAAAUUAGGUCGAAUCCCAUCGGCCAUAAAUUUUACAUUUAUUCAUAG